CACAUCACACACACGCAUCGUGCACAUAAUGCGGUCCUAAAUGACACACGAGGAGGCCUUUGUGACGAGGCUGAAAACACUAUUGAACGAUCGGCGUGCGAACAAUAAUAAAAACCCAUCCACAAACCUGUCUGUGUUUUCAUGGCUUUUUAUGCGUGAACAGUCCCGAUUCUAGACCAGUUGAGUGGGUGCAUUGCAUAUAGCGGUGAUUUUUUAACGGCCCGGGAUCCUAAGCCGUCAACAACUCGACGGUGAUUGUUGGGAGUCUAGCUGCGCAGCGUGAUCGUCCUAGGUUUUCCCACGGGGAGAUCGCGCGUUCUUGCCCCCGGUCGACAACCCCUGCGUACGGUGUGUGCAACACGGUUCACGGACAAGAUGUGCUGCUCCUGCGAUGCCGGCACGGCCGUGUUUUGCUGUAAAUACAUCCUAGUCGUCACGACGUGUAUAACAAAUUUUCUGUGCGGUUGUGCCCUUCUAGGCGUCGGUCUGUGGCUGUGCUUUGAGCCCAACGUCCAGCAGUAUGCGCAAGCUUCGGGUGAUCUGCAGGAGUACUAUAUCGCCGUGUACGUCCUCAUCGGCAUCGGGGGCCUCAUGAUGCUGGUGGGCUUCUUGGGAUGCUGCGGAGCCUGUAUGGAGAACACUGUACUCCUCGGAAUGUUCUUCACUUUCUUGCUGCUGAUCUGCGUGGCUGAGGUCGGCGGUGGUAUCUGGUGCUAUCUCAACAGGGAAAAACUCAAAAGCAUCGUUGAAGAAGGCAUGCUUAGUACAGUUCAACAGGCUUAUGCCGAGGACAACUCAGUCAUCAUGACAGCAGUUGACAAUAUGCAGCGACAGCUGAAGUGUUGCGGAGCCACCGGGCCCAGUGACUGGCAACAAUCUGCCUACGGGACGGUCCCAGACUCUUGCUGCAAAGAAGAAGCUGAGGGUUGUGCACAGGGCAUAGCGUUCCAGGCGAUAACCUCCCUCCUCACAAUCAACCAAGAUGGGUGUGCGACUGCUCUUUUCAACAUGUUGGAAGACAAUGCAGUUCUAGUUGCUGGACUUGCCAUUGGCAUUGGUGCCGUACAGCUUCUUGGGAUGCUGUUCUCAUUGUGUCUGUGCUGUGCCAUCAGAAGGGCAGACAGGGAGAAAUCUUACCCCAUCUAGAUAACAUCCAGUAGCUGUUCUCAUGCCAGGGGGUACACUUUAUAUUGCCAUUCAAUUAGACCGGGGAGUAUGAAAGUGGCUGUUCUUAUGCCAGGGGAUAAACUUAAUAAUGCCAUUCAAAUACUAGGGGCAUAAAAAAUGGUGUUCUCGUGCCAGAGGGUACACUUCAUAUUGCCAUUCAAAUACCAGGGAAUCUGAAAUUAGCUGUUCUCGUGCCAGAGGAAAACUUCAUAAAUGCCAUUCAAAUACCAGGGGUUCAAAAUUGGCUGUUCUCAUGCUAGGGAUAACACUUCCUAUUGCAAUUCAAAUACCAGGGACUAUGAAAGUGGCUGUUCGUGUGACAGAGGGUACACUUAUUGCCAUUCAAAUACCAGGAAGUACAGAAAAUAGUUGGUUUUACUGUUUGAUAAAAUGCAACAAAAGCACAACCUUUU